CGAGGACCGAUGGCCAUCAAAUUCACCGCAUCCCUUUGCAGGCAUGACGCCAAUCCAGAUCGCGGCACAAUUACAUAAGAAGGAGGCGAUACUGCUUCUCCUCAAAUACAACGCCGACAUCAACGCCCCCGCCUCAAACGAAGGGAGAGGUAUUACAGCUCUGCAGGCUGCAAUAGUAGGUCGAGAUUGGCCUAGACGGGGGGAUGAGACCGAAGAGACCGAAGAGACUGAAGAGACUGAAGAGAUAGUCAGACUUCUUCUUCACCACAAGGCAGAAGUCAACGCGGCCGCCGGCAACCGAGCUGGUCGCACCGCUCUACAAGCAGCCACCUCAGCUGAGCAACCUAACGCGAAAGUUGUUGCGCUUCUCUUGGAGUACAAUGCGGACGUCAAUAUGGCUCCUGCGCCAGUGCGCGGAGUCACAGCAUUGCAAGGAGCUGCAAUCUCGGGAGACAUUCAGAUUGCGAGAAUGCUACUCGCGCACAAAGCCGACGUCAACGCACAGGCGGCUCCGGAAGAAGGCAGGACUGCGAUCGAGGGAGCUGCUGAACAUGGGAGGUUGGACAUGGUGCGGCUACUUCUCGACGAGGGAGCGAUACCAGACGCAAAUGCCGGGUUCUCGAGGGCCAUCCGAUUUGCUGAGAAGACUGAUCGUUUUGACAUUGCAAAGUUGUUGAGAGAGCGAGAACAGGCAUACAACUCAUUGUCCAUGGGAUUGAUUGACCCAAUGUCCUGGAAUUUUGAGUCGCUUCCGCUGGACACGGACAUGGUGGAGGAUGGGAAUGACGAAAAUGAAGCGCAGCUGUAGAUUUCUUCUUGGUACCAUUUAUUUCUCUUACUUUCACUGUUGCAUCUUCAAUUGUCUUACCCACCUGCUAGAA